AUGAAUGACCAGUACCACCGGGCAGCCAGGGACGGCUACCUGGAGCUCCUCAAGGAAGCCACCCGGAAGGAGCUGAAUGCCCCCGAUGAGGAUGGCAUGACUCCCACCCUCUGGGCUGCCUACCACGGCAACCUGGAGGCGCUGCGCCUCAUCGUGAGCCGAGGGGGUGACCCAGACAAGUGUGACAUCUGGGGCAACACGCCCCUGCACCUGGCAGCCUCCAAUGGCCACCUGCACUGCCUGUCCUUCCUGGUGUCCUUUGGGGCCAACAUCUGGUGCCUGGACAACGACUACCACACGCCGCUGGACAUGGCCGCCAUGAAGGGCCACAUGGAGUGUGUGCGCUACCUGGACUCCAUCGCAGCAAAGCAGAGUAGCCUCAACCCCAAGCUGGUGGGUAAGCUCAAGGACAAGGCCUUCCGCGAGGCGGAGCGGCGUAUCCGCGAGUGCGCCAAGAUGCAGCGCAAGCACCACGAGCGCAUGGAGAGACUCUACAGGCGCGAGCUGGCCGAGCGCUCCGACACUCUCAGCUUCUCCAGCCUCACCUCCAGCACCUUGAGCAGACGGCUGCAGCACCUGGCGCUGAGCAGCCACCUGCCCUACUCACAGGCUACGCUGCACGGCACCGCCCGGGGCAAGACCAAGAUCCAGCGCAAACUGGAACGGCGAAAGCAAGGCGGUGAGGGCACCUUCAAGAUCUCAGAGGACGGCCGCAAGAGCGUGCGCUCGCUCUCAGGCCUGCAGCUGGGCAGCGACGUGAUGUUUGUACGCCAGGGCACCUACGCCAAUCCCAAGGAGUGGGGCCGCUCCCCGCUCCGGGACAUGUUCCUCUCGGACGAGGACAGCGUCUCCCGUGCCACGCUGGCGGCCGAGCCAGCCCAUUCGGAGGUUAGCACAGACUCAGGCCACGACUCCUUGUUUACCCGGCCCGGCCUUGGCACCAUGGUGUUCCGCAGGAACUACCUGAGCAGCGGUCUGCAGGGCCUGGGCCGCGAGGACGGCGGCCUGGACCGGGUGGGGACGCCGCGGGCUCGGCUGCAGAGCCCCCCCAGCCUGGACGACGACAGCCUGGGCAGUGCCAACAGCCUGCAGGACCGCAGCUGCCCAGAGGAGCUGCCCUGGGAUGAGGUGGACUUGGGCCUGGACGAGGACUUGGAACCCGAGACCAGCCCGCUGGAGACCUUCCUGGCCUCGCUGCACUUGCAGGACUUGGCCGCCCUCCUGCGGCAGGAGAAGAUCGACCUGGAGGCGCUGAUGCUGUGCUCGGACCUCGACCUCCGCAGCAUCAGCAUCCCUCUGGGGCCGCGCAAGAAGAUCAUGGGGGCCGUGCGGAGGCGGCGGCAGGCGCUGGAGCGCCCGCCUGCCCUGGAGGACACCGAGCUGUGA